AUGAAGCAGGACUUGGAAUAUUGUGAAUUAAAAACAUGUAACUUUUUCUCUUUCUUUCUCUCUCUCUCUCUCUCUCUCUCUCUCUCUCUCUCUCUCUCUCUCUCUCACUCCACCUUCGCCACUACCGUCUGCCUUGCGGCUGCUGGUAGUAAGUUAGCUUACUUCUUUCUUUCUUUCUUUGUUCUCUUGCUUCCUCCACUGUCUCUCGUCUCCUCUUUGUCCCUUUCGUCGCAGCGGACUCAUCCCACCAACUCAGAAGCCUCCUUCCGCUACUUCCCCGAUCCAUCUGAGGAUCAUCGGAGGAGGUGCUCAACUGAAAACCGCCAUGACCACUCCAGUGACUUAAUGCGUUACUUCGCCCGGCGUGAAUUACUUCAAGCCAGUAUGCUGAAAUUCUCGGACAGACCUAAGGACUAUCGAGCAUGGAGACGUUCCUUCGCAACUCCCAUUGUCGACCUGCGUUUGACACAAUACUUGGCCCUCGCAAAACAUGGACCCCAACAACCACACCACAGCGGAAAGAAAUUUCAGUCCACAAGACUCAGAUUGCAUCAAAAGAUAUCAAAGAGAUAUGCCCCAUCCAUAACCUGCCUCACCCUCUUCAGUAGUUGCCGGGCAUUUAGAAGCAAACCCUUUCCAGAGAGACAAGCCUAUCUGAGACAACACAACAUCUGUUUCCGGCGUUGCGCUACCCAUGUCAACAAGGACUGCAGGUUCAAGCCUAAAUGCGCUGAGUGUGGCAGUGAAAGCCACAACACUGCUCUUCACCCUGAACCCGCACCACAAACGACACCCAUCAGAGCCAUGCCAAACCAUGGCGGGGAGAACAACGAUAUUACAGCCCACUGCACACAGGUUUGUGGUAGCAACUUAAUCGAAAAAUCUUGUUCAAAAAUUUGCCUGGUGAAGGUGCAUCCACAAGGCCAGAGAAACAAGGCAGUCAGGAUGUAUGCCGUGAUCGGCGAACAUAGCAACAAGUCACUUGCUCGCCCAGAGUUCUUCGAGUUGUUCAGUGACCACGGCCCCACAUCUUCUUACUCACUUAGGACUUGCGCUGGAGUCAUAGAAACGCGCCCUUAUGCUCAGAAAUUAGACAUGGGCUGGGUGAUAGUGGGGAACGAUGCCUCGGGGGACGAUAAACCGUCCACUGUUGACACCUUCUUCACCAGCACCGAGAAGGAAGCCGCCCAACAAACUUUUGAGCCUUGUCCCAACACAUUCCGAGCCAAGGAAAGAUACUGCGGAAAGGAUUGGGCAGCUCCGUCUUUCAACCGACCAAGGAGGACGACCGACUGGCCUACUCCAUAG